AUGGAGGUCCAGAGUGUGCUUGUGGCCAUGGGUGAGUGUUAUGACUCCAACAUGGACGACAGCAGAGACAAUAAGAAGAACCGGUUCUCCAAUACGAUGGUAUUCAUGGAGGAAUAUCUCAACAACGUUCUGAACGAUGAGCUGCCGUUCCACAACGAGGAGAAAAACAAACUUACAUACGAGGUGGUGAGUUUGGCCAGACAUUUGAUCUACUUUGGUUUCUACAGUUUCUUUGAGCUGCUCAGACUAACCAGAACCCUGCUGGGCAUCAUCGACUGUAGACCACAUCCUGGAUAUGCUGGGCUCUUAUUCCAUGAUGAUGGAUCAGGGAAGAAUGUGAAGCGCUCCAUACAUGGGAUGGGUCAGAUUAUGUCCACCAUGGUCCUCAACAGGAAGCAGUCAUUAUUUGGAGGUUCUGGACCAAGAGGGGCGGGGCUGGGGGCGGGACUUGCCAUUGACGGACAGAGAGGCAGUAAAGAUAGUAUCGACAAGACGGACCUGACGGUGAUGGACACCAAGCUAAAGAUACUGGAGAUACUACAGUUCAUCCUGAACGUUCGUCUCGACUACCGCAUCUCCUUCCUGCUGUCUGUGUUCAAAAAGGAGUUUGUGGAUGUUUAUCCCAUGGCUGAUGCCGACGCCACCACUAACAUGGAGCAUGCAGCCACCAUUAACCUGCAGCACAUUGGCGAGCAGGCGGAGGCUAUGUUUGGAGUUGGUAAGGGGAACAGUAUCCUGGAGGUGGAUGAUGAAGGCGGUCGUAUGUUCCUGCGGGUGCUGACCCACCUCACCAUGCAUGACUACCCUCCUCUGGUGUCUGGAGCCCUGCAGCUGCUUUUCAGACACUUCAGCCAGAGACAGGAAGUGCUGCACACCUUCAAACAGGUCCAGUUGUUGAUCUCGGCGCAGGAUGUCGAGAACUACAAACUGAUCAAGGCAGAUCUGGAUCGUCUCCGAACGCUGGUGGAGAAAUCUGAACUGUGGGUGGAGAAGAAGAACUCAAGUGGAAGCGAUGGGAAGAAGGACAAGAAGGAGAAAGGAGAGGGGGCAUCAGAGAAUGCAACGCCCAAGAAGGAGAAGCAGGAGAAGGGAAACGAGAACUACCAAAAAGUCAAAGAGAUCCUGGAGAGGUUGAAUAAGAUGUGCAGCAGUGGAGUUUGGAAGAAGCAGCAGAGGUUGUUGAAGAACAUGGGAGCGCAUAAAGUCAUGCUGGACCUGCUUCAGGUGUCCUACGACCUGAACGAUGUGAAGAUGCAGGAGAUCAUCAAGUUCACUCAUCUGUUCCUUCAAAAGUUCUGUACGGGGAACCAGGAGAACCAGACUCUGCUGCACAAGAACCUCACCCUCUUCCUCAACCCGGGGCUGCUGGAGGCGGAGACGGUGCAGCACAUCUUCUGUAACAACUACCAGCUGUGCAGUGAGAUCUCAGAGAGCGUCCUGCAGCACUUCAUCCACUGUCUGGCCACGCACGGCCGCCACGUUCAGUACCUCAACUUCCUCCACACCAUCAUCAAGGCCGAGGGGAAGUACGUCAAGAAGUGUCAGGACAUGAUCAUGACGGAGUUAACCAACGCGGGUGAAGACGUAGUCGUCUUCUACAACGACAAGACCUCCUUCAACGUCAUGUUGGAGCUGAUGGCAGAGAGCAGGGAGGGGGUCGGAGAGAGCAGCCCGCUCAGGUACCACAUCUCUCUGGUGGAGCUCCUAGCAGCCUGUGCUGAGGGCAAAAACGUUUACACAGAGAUCAAAUGUACGUCACUGCUGCCUCUGGAGGACGUGGUCCGAGUGGUGACUCAUGAGGACUGCAUCACUGAGGUGAAGGUGGCCUAUGUGAACUUUGUGAAUCACUGCUACGUGGACACAGAGGUGGAGAUGAAGGAGAUCUACACAUCCAAUCACAUCUGGAAGCUGUUUGAGGACUUCACAGUGGACAUGGCCAGGGUUUGUAAUAAACGAGAGAAACGUCUCUCUGAUCCCAUCCUGGAGAAAUACAUCAUCAACGUGGUCUUUGACACCAUCAUCGCCUUCUUCAGCUCACCUUUCUCUGAAAACAGCACGUCUCUGCAGACUCAUCACACCAUCAUGACUCAUCUGCUUCAGUCGUCGGUCCGGCUGUUGGACUGUCCCUGGCUGCAGCAGCAGCAUCGAGGACAAGUGGAGACCUGCAUCAAGACCCUCGCUAUGACCGCUAAGAGUCGGUCCAUCUCUCUCCCUCUGGACCUGGAGGCUCAGAUCAGCACCAUGUUGUCCAGUUCUGCUCUCAACUCUCUGUCCCGCUCCAACCCCAACUACAAGUCCUCCUCCCGCUCCUCCAGACCCAUCGCUCCCAGCAACCCCUGGGACUACAAGAACAUCAUCGAGAAACUGCAGGACAUCAUCAACACUCUGGAGGAGCGUCUGAAGCCGCUGGUGAACGCCGAGCUGUCGGUGUUGGUGGACGUCCUCCACCAGCCGGAGCUUCUGUUUCUGGAGGGAACCGACGCCCGACAACGCUGCGAGUCCGGAGGAUUCAUCUCCAAGCUGAUCCGGCACACCAAAGCGUUGAUGAGUGCGGAGGAGAAGUUGUGCAUCAAAGUUCUGAGAACUCUGCAGGAGAUGCUGAUCAGGACUCUGGACUUUGAUGAGAAGGGAAUCGCACUGCGGAAGGUUCUACUGCAGAACUACUUGUUUCCAAACAAGAAGAACAACCUGAAGAACGACCUGGCUGAGCUCGGAGCUUCAGGCGUGGAGCAGGAGCGGGACUGGGCGGCGGUGGCUGCAGUUCAGUGUCGUCUGGACAGAGAAGGAGGAACCAAACUGUUCACCGAUCUGGUCAUGAGCUCCAAGAACGACAAGAUCUUCCAGGAGAGCAUCCAGCUGGCCAUCUGUCUGCUGGAGGGAGGAAACACGGAGAUACAGAACUCCUUCUACAAACUGAUGAUGGGAGACAACAAGUCAGAGAAGUUCUUCAAGGUUCUUCAUGACCGGAUGAAGGAGGCUCAGACGGAUAUAAAAGCGACCGUGUCCGUUAAUGUUGGAGAGAUGACGCACAAGGCCAACGAGAAGGAGCUGGAGACCGGUGGCUCUACAGCGUUAGUACUUCCUGGUACAGGAGCUCACCCGUUGUUGGUCCAGGGCCCGUCCAUCGCCCCGGUAACGGGCGCCUCCGCCAUGCCAGUGCAGCCAGUAGCGGAGCAGAGGGAGGUGGAGAUGGAGAUGGGACCAGCUGUGACCAUCAUGAAGCCGAUCCUCAGGUUCCUCCAGCUGCUCUGUGAGAACCACAACCACGACCUGCAGAACUUCCUGCGUUGCCAGAACAACAAGGCCAACUACAACUUGGUGUGUGAGACUCUUCAGUUCCUGGACAUCAUGUGUGGAAGCACCACCGGAGGCCUGGGCCUGCUGGGCCUCUACAUCAACGAAUCAAACGUCCACCUGAUCACUCAGACCCUGGAGACGCUCACUGAGUACUGCCAGGGCCCCUGCCAGGAGAACCAGACGUGCAUCGUGACCCACGAGUCCAACGGCAUCGACAUCAUCACAGCGCUGAUCCUGAACGACAUCAGUCCUCUGUGUCGUUAUCGGAUGGAGAUGGUGCUCCAGCUGAAGGACAACGCAUCCAAGCUGCUGCUGGCUCUGAUGGAGAGUCGUCAUGACAGCGAGAACGCAGAGAGGAUCCUGUUCAACCUCCGACCACGAGAGCUGGUGGAGGUGAUAAAGAAGGCCUACCAGCAGGAGGACAGUGAGUGUGAGGGGGGGGAGGUUUCUCCCCGUGAGGUGGGACACAACAUCUACAUCCUGGCUCAGCAGCUGGCCAGACACAACAAAGUUCUUCAGAACCUCCUGAAACCUCAAAAGAACAAUAAAGAGGGAGAGGAGGGGAUCUCCUCCAUGUUGAACAACCUGAACAACCGUCCUCUGUCCCAGAUGUUGAAGUCUUCAGCUCCAGCUCCUGUAGUGGAACAAGACCCACUGGAGUACUACGACCUGCUCACUUCACAGAUAGAGAUCGUCCGUGACGACCGCAGCAUGGAGCAGAUCGUGUUUCCGGUUCAUCCCAUCUGUGAGUUUCUGACCGAGGAGUCAAAGAUCAGAGUGUUCAACACCACGGAGCAGGACGAGCAGGGGUCAAAGGUCACGCACUUCUUCGAGCAAACCUCCUUCCUGCACGGAGAGAUGGAGUGGCAGAAGAAGCUGAGGAGUAUGCCGGUGUUGUACUGGUUCUCCAGGAGGAUGUCUCUGUGGGGAACCAUCUCCUUCAACCUCGCCGUCUUCAUCAACCUCAUCAUCGCUUUCUUCUACCCGUACGAUUCAGGACAAGUGGGAGCCAUCGAUGACUCCCUGUUGCUGAUGUUGUUCUGGAUCCUGACGGGUCUCUCGGUGUUGUGCCUGUUCUCCCAGCGUUACGGUCUGCAGCCGCUCACCAUCGCUCUGAUCCUCCGCUCCAUCUACCACCUGGGCAUCGGCAACACGCUCAUCCUGCUGGGAUCCCUCAACCUGAUCAAUAAGGUGGUGUUCGUGGUGAGUUUUGUGGGAAACAACGGGACGUUCAUUAUGGGAUACAAGGCCAUGGUGAUGGACGUGGAGUUCAACUACCACCUGGCCUACGUCCUCACCUCCACGCUGGGACUGUUCGUCCACGAGCUCUUCUACAGCAUCCUGCUGUUCGACCUCAUCUACCGGGAGGAGACUCUGUUCAACGUGAUAAAGAGCGUGACCCGUAACGGCCGCUCCAUCCUGCUGACGGCGCUGCUCGCUCUGAUCCUCGUCUACCUGUUCUCCAUCGUGGGCUUCCUCUGCCUGAAGGAGGACUUCAUCAUGGAGGUCGACCCGCUGGCGCAGAUCGCUGCAGCUCCUCAGCAGAGUGAAGCCUCUCAGGAUUUCAUGAAGUCGUGUUCUGCAGACGGAGUGAGCUGCACCUCGGAGACGGUCAGCGUCGCUGAGGACGAAGAGGCGCCGAGCUCGGAGCGAGCGUGCGACACCCUGCUGAUGUGUAUCGUCACCGUGUUGAACCACGGACUGAGGAACGGGGGAGGAGUCGGAGACGUUCUCCGCAAACCGUCCAAGAAUGAGCCGUUGUUUCCGGCCCGUGUGGUUUACGACCUGCUGUUCUACUUCAUCGUCAUCAUCAUCGUUCUCAACCUGAUCUUCGGCGUCAUCAUCGACACGUUUGCCGACCUGAGGAGUGAGAAACAGAAGAAAGAAGAGAUCCUGAAGACCACGUGUUUCAUCUGCGGUCUGGAGAGAGACAAGUUUGACAACAAGACGGUGUCGUUUGAAGAGCACAUCAAGCUGGAGCACAACAUCUGGAACUACCUGUACUUCAUCGUUCUGGUGCGCGAGAAGAACAAGACGGACUACACCGGACCGGAGAGCUACGUGGCGCACAUGAUCAAAAACAACAACCUGGACUGGUUUCCACGGAUGCAGGCAAUGUCUCUGGUGGUAACCGACGGCGACGGGGAGCAGAACGAGAUGAGGAUGUUACAGGACAAACUGGCAUUAACCAUGAAGGUGGUGAUAACGCUGACCACUCAGCUGACGGAGCUGAAAGAGCAGAUGACCGAGCAGAGGAAGAGGAGGCAGAGGAUGGGUUUCGCUGACGUCCAGGCCGGAGCCAGCGCCUCGCUGCCUCCGAGCGCCGCGGGAGGAAACCACCAGAUGUACAAAACAUAAAGAGAGACUUUUAGACAUGGAAAAAGUCUGGACUGUUCAUUACGAGAUCCACCUCUGUAAACAACACAGCUGGACUGCUACAAGGAUGGUUAUCAUAAAGAAAAACACUAGAUAAUAGCCAUAAGACAUAAGACUCAUGAUUCUCACUAAAAGCACAUUUUUAUUGUUAGCUUUUACUCUUUAAUGUCUGGAUGUGAGUGAGUAGAAUCUGCACCAUUACUGUAUAAAAGGUAAAAAACAUGUUAGCAUCUCAGCUAAGUUAAGUUUGGUUCAUCCUUUGAUUUAAUUUGAAAUGUUCAUAUUAAGCACAAAAGACCUUUGCAUGUUCAAUAUAGACAUUUUGUUUUAAAGAGAAAAGUGACGAUUUGUUUCAGACCAGGAAUGUGUUGAAGAUGAGCAAUUAUGUUUUCAGUAAAAUCAGCCUGGAAGUCACUCAGAGUUCCCUGAACAUGUUACCAAUUGAAACACUUUGAAAAUCAACAAUUACUUUUAACAUUCACAAAUGACCAGAAAUCAGCUCCAUUAUUGAGCCAAAUACUGAAACUUGCAGUUGAAAUAUUAAUGCAGAGAGAGGCUAAUGAGAGAAAAGGGAAAAUUCUGGUUCAUUUUUUAAGUCUGGACUAAAUAGUUUUCCUGUGUUUAUGAUUUCAGAACUGGUUGAAAAAGUGUUGUUGUAAUACUCAUUUGGGCCACCAGAGGCUGAAGUGCACCCUCAUUCAAUGCUUUAAAUAGGAUUCAAAUCACUGAUGUUUUCUUCCAGGUGAGUGUAAAAUGCUUUUAUUCCUAUUUAGAGCUUUGAUUAGUGGUGCACUUCAGCCUCUAGUGGCCCAAAUGACGAAUACAAAACACUAACACUUGAUGACAUUUUUUACAGAUGUUUUUAUGUCAUAAACACAGAUUAGACCUAGAAAAUGGAGAACCAGAUUCACCAAACUGUAUGGCUUAAAAGACGUUUUAAAUCUAGAGAAACAAUUGAAGGUCACAGACAAAGGCCAGAAUGGGUGAAUGCUCAGAGAAUAACCAGGCAUCAACUCACUUUAGUCAUUUUAAGGAAAUGUAAACAGAGACUGCAGCAUUUGUUUGCUGAUGACAGAAUGAUGUAUUUCAGCAAUAUCUUUCUGUUUUAAAUUAAAAGUGAGUUGAACCCAGUUAAGUUUUUUUUUUAUUAUGAUUGUAAAUCUUGGGAUAUAGUGGUUUAAAGUGAUAUAUAUUAUUAUUAUUGUUGUGGUUUAAUAGUGAUGUAUUUAUGGAGAGAGCAGCUUCUGUUUGUUUCUAACACUGUAACUAGCUCAGUACAGACACUGGAUUAUGAGUGAGCUGCUUUUACUACAGAAAAAUAACAUUUUCUUUAUCAAUAACAACGGACGGGUACACACUGAGUGGGGGGGAGGAGGACGGUGUAAUGAAGACCACACCGUCAAAGAAAUAAAAUAUUUACUG